AUGUCAUCGUCAACACCAUCAGGCGGCCAGAAACGGCGCCGCGAAGAGCCAGAACACCUUGGAAGCUCCAUCGCUGUCGAUACUGAAGAAUCCUCGUCGUCCGCGAUCGACUAUAACCUCUUGGCCACCACCCUCGUGGCAAACAACCUCCUCGCCACCCCCAGCGAGUCGUCACCCAUGACCCUCCAACGAAGCUCCGAGCAGCAUCAACCGUCUCAACUGUCCCCAUUCCCGCCCUUCCCGGUUGACUUCAGCGACCUGAACCCCGAAGCGCAGCGCCGCUACCUCAUCUCUGUGUGCAGGGUCCUCGCCGCAAACGGACCCGCCACAGCAACCGAUCGAGCCGCAUACCCAAACGACGCUUCGAUUCAGACCCUCGACUCUCUAUUCGCAACCUUGUACACAACGGCAGAGGCCAUCGAACUGCUUACCCGAGAUAUGUAA